GAGGUAAUCAACCAAUCAACCUCAUUAGCCUCCAGUCCAGGAGCAAUUCGCUUCGUGAAACAACGUGGCUUAAUUGAUUGUUAGUAAAACUUUAUUGGUUUUGACUGGCUUGAGUCGCAAUGGACGCCGACUGUGAUUUGGCCGAAGAUUUUGACUGUCCAAGUCUUCUGUGUGAGGAACUGGUGGAUUUGCAAACAAAGAAUGGCCAAGGGAGUAUGAGAAGGAGGAGGAGGAGAGAAGGAGAGGAGGACGUGUUUAAUCAGAGUGAAGAUGAAGAGGCAGAAAGAAAGUUAUUGUUGUUGAAAGUUGUUGUAUCAGAAGAGGAACUGAUGGCGACAGAUGGAGAAGAGGAGGAGCAGGUGAAGCCAGAGAGUAGGCUGGGGACGGAGGAGGCACGGGAGGUGCAGAAGGGAACAAUGGCUGAUAAGCAAGAGGACAAAGACACUAAAAGUCUAGAAGAGAAAGAUGUGAAAAAAAAGAGUAGGAAGAGGCGAGGUAAAAAGUUAAGUGAGCGAGUGAGAAACAGGAAAGCUUUAAAAGAUGCUGGUGAGCGGUUUGAGGAGGACAAGAAGAGUCAGAUACAGGAGGCUUCAGUGAUGAGCUCAGAGGAGAGCCUGGCUCUGUCGGUGCCUCCCAUUGGACUGAUGAACAGCUGCGACUUGUCUGAUCCAGUCUACCUGUGUAGUGGGGAGACAGGGCUGUAUUGCCCUCCAGCCCCCAUUCCCCUGUUGUACUCCUCACAACCUCCAGUCCCAUUCCAGGCUGCACCUCCUCAACCCCACGGGACAAAAAGGCCAUACAGCCCCCUUCUACCUCACAGUCUCCCCCACCAGGGUCCACAGCCUCUCGAGAUGGAGAUAACCCAGGUCUACUCCACCCGACGUUCCAUCCGCUACUGCGGCAGGGGUCGAGGCCGGGCCCUGAGCUUCCCUCUGCUGCCGGGAUUAGAGACGGUGGACAGCUACCUGCUCCCGCCUGCACCGAAGAAGAAAACACGAACACUCUACAGUACUGAUCAGUUAGAGCAUUUAGAGGCCUUGUUCCAGGAGGACCACUAUCCUGACGCAGAGAAGAGGAAAGUCAUCGCUGCUUCAGUUGGUGUCACACCUCAAAGAAUUAUGGUCUGGUUUCAGAACCGCAGGGCUAAGUGGAGGAAGGUGGAGCGCUCCAUCACAGCAAAGGUUGAACACAGACCGGGUAGAGCUGAAUGCAGCAGCAGCUCCCCACAUCACCAACUCAAUUGUACACUGGCAACCAACAGUAAGGGACCUCCCGCUUUUACUGGGCACUUUGCCACCCAGAUGCCCCAGCUAACCCCUGUGGCACCUUCCUACCCGACCCUUUCCAACCAGACUCCGCCCUCGUACGACAACCUGCUGGCCAGCCUCAGCAGCCCAGGUCUGAGGAUCUCUGAUAUUUUCCUGAACCUUCCUUCCUUCCUCUUUCCUGAGUCAGGAUGCCUUUGUGCGAAACUAGAAGUUUUACCAAGUGGUGAAAUUAAACUAGAUGAAUGUAAUCCAUGA